CUUUCUUUUCUUUUCUUUUCAGCAAAUGAAUACGAAAGAAUGGUCACCUGGGUAACAUUUGAUCCUACAAGCACCCCCACUGUUGAGUACGGUCCGUCGGGUUUUUACUACGUGGCUCGAGGCUCCACAACUCGAUUCCUGGACGGAGGAAAGAAAAAGAGGGUUCUCUAUAUUCAUCGAGUCUUGCUUAAGGACCUGCAAGCCAACACUGAAUACAUGUAUCACUGUGGGAGCUCCGAAGCCUGGAGUGCUGUGUACAUGUUCCGUGUGGCACCGCGGGACAGAAGCAACGCUACGAUUGCUGUGUUCGGAGACCUUGGCAGCGCGAACGCUCGCUCUUUGGCAGUGUUGCAGCGGGAAGCUCAAACGAAGCAAAUUGACGCUGUUUUACAUACAGGUGACUUUGCCUACGACAUGCAUUCGAAAGACGCAAAGGUCGGAGAUGAAUUCAUGCGACAAAUUGAACCGAUUGCUGCCUACGUUCCUUAUAUGACCGCCGUCGGCAACCAUGAGAGCGCAUACAACUUCUCCAAUUACGCAAACCGCUUUUCCAUGAUGGACAAGUCUGGAACGCUGAACAACUUCUUUUACAGCUUCGACAUCGGCCCUGCGCACAUUAUCAGCUAUUCAACGGAGUUCUACUUUUAUCUCAAAUACGGCUGGCAACAGGUUCCCCGGCAGUAUCGCUGGUUAGAGAGAGACCUGCAGGAGGCAAAUCUACCAGAAAACAGGGCAAAAAGGCCAUGGAUCAUCACAAUGUCCCACAGGCCGAUGUACUGCAGCAAUAUAGGAUUGAGAGACUGCAAUUCAGAAGAAAGUAUUGCUCGCAAGGGAUUUCCUCUGACAAAGAUGUAUGGGCCGGAGGAGCUCUUCUUCAAGUACGGAGUGGACUUGCAUUUUACCGGCCACCAGCACUCGUACGAGCGCCUGUGGCCCGUCUACGACGGAGUGGUGUACAAAGGAAACGGAACGGAUCCAUACGUCAACCCGGGGGCACCCAUACACGUUGUCACAGGAGCUGCCGGAAACUGGGAGAAUCUCUCGCAUUUUGUUACGAACCCGAAACCAUGGAGCGCCGCACGAAUAUCUGACUACGGCUUCACGAAGCUCCAUCUCAUCAACAGGACUCACAUCGAGCUGCAGCAGAUAUCAACCAGAGAGAAACCACAUGUCGUGGACUCCGUGUGCAUCGUAAAAGACAAGCCGAGAAAUUUUUAAGUAAAUAUGGCACAUAUUAGAUGGAAGUUCAAGCUGGCAGUGGCUGAGGAUGGAGGUUGCGUUUC